AUGAUCUAUGAUGAUUCAAUGGAUACGGAAGAUCAGAAUCUGUUGACAUCGGCAACAUUUGAUGUCGACAAAUUCCGAUUGAAUAAUGAAAGCGAUGAACAAUGGUUCUAUCGGAAACAAUUCAUCGAAGCAUAUCGAUUUGAGUACAACGAAGAAAGACUUUUGUGUUUGGCACAGUGUUAUGCUAAUACCAAAUGUCUUGGAUGUAAAUAUUCUGAACCGUUAAAAUCAUUACUGGAUCAGUUGUCAGAAAAAUUCUCAACUUCAUCAAUCAAACGAUCACCAUGUGAAGAACCAAUCGGUGUCAACAUCAAACGAAUCUCGCCUAUGUCAAAUGUCAAUAAGUCUACCAUGCAAUCAAAUGUUAAUUUUUCAAAUACGUCAAAUUUUGUAUCAUUUUCAUCGUCGCUUUCAUCACAUGUACCACCGUUACAACCUUCUCCAACUCAACAAAUCAUACCACCAAAAACUGAUCCGAAAGCAGUAUUGAACGAAUCUCCCGAAACCAAACUAACUCGUCUACGAGCGUUUACAAGUCAGUUGAAACAAUCUCUAGAAGCUGCCCAGAAUCGAACGGGCAACAACGAAAAUGAUCAUGCCAUCGAACACAUCUAUCAAGUUGGUACCCAACAACGUUUGUUUGUUGACUAUCGACCUGAUGAACAAAAUGAUCAUUCGAAUUCCUAUAUUUCACCUGCAAAUGCGUUUCUAACUAAAACAUUUAGUAGCAAACUUUACAUCGACGAUGUUUAUAUCUGUGCUGGUGAAGGUACAAACAAAAAAUUUUGUAAACGCAAUUGUUUUCAGAAAGCACUGAAUCGGUUUCUCUACGAGAACUUCGAUGUCAAGAUGAGUGUCAGCAAAGAUGGACGGGAACAAUAUGAAUUAAUCACAGUAGUCGCGAAUAAUGCUCAAGAAGUAUCGACUAUGUCAGAUGAUGAACAGGACAAAGAAACAUCUGCAAUUCCGACGAAUCAUCCAAUAGCCAAUGCAAAAAUCAAUUUUGUUCAUGCAAGAGACACGUUAACUAUUGCUGGUCGCACAGCUCGUCAGCAAAGUAAACUUGAAAAACAAUACUGGCAGCAGUGGGGUCGAGGUGUACCUAUGCCAUUGCAACCGAAACGUGUCCAAAGAUCGCUAUCACCACCACCACCUGUUCCGCAUCUCAAAAUCGAGGACAGUUCACCGGUAGUGAUCGAAGGUUUGGCUACGACACCGGCUAGCGUUGCAAAUGUCAUUUCGGAAAUCGAACGUGUUGCAGAAGAACAACAUCAGCUCGAGUCAAUCAAUAAUCCAGAAUCAACUUUUUCAAAAUCAACUAUUCCAACGAAUGGUCGACUUUUAUUAUCAAUCCGACAAGAUUCGAUACUUGGCUAUGCCGUAUCAAUUCAAUGCAUCUUUCUCAAAUACUUAGGCAAAGGUCAGUGUACUGAUAUGUAG